AUGUCGGAAAAGAACGAGGUCACCCAGACCGAGAAUGGGACUGUCCCCAGGUCCAAGAAGCGAACUUGCGCCAGACACUGCAAACGCUUCUGGUGGGUUUAUCUCAUUAUUCUCUGUGUCAUUGUUGUCAUCGUGGUUCCCGUGAUAAUUCUUGUCGCUGUUCCGAAGAUUGCACAAAGUAAAAUCAACGAAGCCAAGUUGGAAAUCCAAUCCGUUCGAAUUCUUAACGCCAAGAGUGACGCUUAUCUCAUGGAAAUCGGGUCUUCUAUCACAACUGAUGGCAAGAUCCAUGCCAAGGUUGAUCCUUUCGAGGCCGAGAUGUAUCUCGAGGAUUGGCCAGCACAUGUGGCGUUUGCUACCGUAAAGAUGCCAGAGACCAACAGCAACAAACACCAGGUCGUCAAUGUCAGCCAGCAGGUCACGAUUACCAACAUGGAGGAAUUCACUCGUUUCAACGUCUGGUUCCACAACAAUGAGACAGUCCGUGUCACCGUGUACGGAAAGACGAAAGUGAAGCCAAGCGGUCUAACGCGCAAAUACGGCGUCACCUUCAAGAAGACAUUGGAACUCAAGGGUCUCAACCAUUUCGCUGGCACUGAAGUCAACGACGGCCACAUCGGUUUUGGUAGUGGUAAAGACGCACCCAACUUCAACGGCACUACCACAAUUCCAAACGCUUCCGUGUUUACACUAGAUAAUGGCAACGUCACCUUCACAAAUUUUGUUGGGGAUGUCGAAGUCGGCACCCUGACGAUUCCAAACUUGGUGCUCAAGCCCGGUGACAACGUCGUCAACAUCACCGCCAGCAUGAACCAGAGCAUCAUACUCAACGCCGUCCAGCAACAGCCCUACUGCAAAACAGGCAUCCUCCCCUUCAAGUUACUGGGCAAGUCGGUUGUCAACCAUGGUGAAAACCUUACCUAUUUCGCCGCAGCACUGGCGAGUUCAAAUCAAACAGUUGAAAUCGACAUUGGUGCCAUCUUGAAGAAGGACCUCGAUUACGAGGUCAAGUGCGAGAGUAAGAGUGAUUAA